AAGUGAUAACCUCAGCACGCCGCACAGCUUUUCCCUUCCCACCACUCGGAAAAACACAUAAUCAUCGUUGGACAGCGAGGUCGCGGGCGAUAAUUUUCUAAUUUUUAACUCAAAGACGAAGAUGUCAGAGCCUCAGUGUAAAAGAAGCAAGAUGACCAGCUCUUUGGAACAGUUGAAAGCUUUGACCACGGUGGUGGCCGACACCGGGGAUUUCGAAGCUAUGAAAACCUACAAACCGACCGAUGCCACCACCAACCCUUCUUUGAUCCUGGCCGCCUCCAACCUCCCCCAAUACAAACACCUGGUCCAAAAAGCCGUCCAGUAUGGCAACAAAGUGGGCCAAACAACUGAAGAGAAACUGGAAAAUGCAAUGGACCUCCUCUGUGUGCUUUUCGGUGUCGAAAUUUUGAAAAUCGUCCCUGGACGGGUCUCGACUGAAGUCGAUGCUCGAUUAUCAUUCGAUAAGGAUGCAAGCAUCGCCAAGGCAAAAAAACUGAUCCAACUCUACGCCGACCACGGAAUUGGCAAAGAACGCGUUUUGAUCAAACUAGCCUCGACUUGGGAAGGCAUCCAAGCGGCGAAAGAACUGGAGCAAAAACACGGAAUUCACUGCAAUCUCACUCUCUUGUUCAAUUUUGCGCAAGCUGUGGCUUGUGCUGAAGCCGGAGUGACGCUAAUUUCGCCCUUCGUGGGGCGUAUCCUCGACUGGAAUAUCGCCAACACUGAGAAGAAAUCCUACACGGGAGAUGAGGACCCGGGGGUGGUGUCCGUCACCAAGAUUUAUAAUUAUUACAAGAAGUUUGGGUACAAGACUGUGGUCAUGGGGGCGUCGUUCAGGAAUAUUGAGGAAAUCAAGUCGUUGGCUGGGUGUGAUUUGUUGACGAUCAGUCCGAAGCUUCUGGGGGAGUUGGAGGCGUCGAAUGACCCCGUCCCCAGGAAGUUAUCGCCCGAAAAUGCCGCCAAACAGCCACUGGAGAAGAUCGCCUUGACGGAAUCGGCCUUCAGGUGGAUGCUAAAUGAGGACAAAAUGGCCACUGAUAAGCUGUCCGAAGGGAUUAGGAAUUUUGCAGCCGAUUGCAUCAAGCUGGAAAAUACCAUCAAAACGCAAUUGAAAGCGUCUCCCAAGAAAUAAUUUAUGAUUACAUUCCCGUCAAAUGUUUUAUAUUGUGUCAAGUUUGAGAAAAUAAAUAAUUAUAAUGGUGAA